AUGAGUUGUAACGUAGAACUAAUUCCAAUUUCGGAAGGUACUCAUAUAAAAGUAAAAAAAAAUGAAAAAAUUAUUAUUGGACGUGGAUCAUCCUUAGGUUGUAAUGAUAAAAAAAUUUCUCGUCAACAUGCUGAAUUAUUACUUAAAAAUGAUGAAACACUUUGGAUUAAACCGACUCAUAUCAAUCCAGUGUUUUAUCGAACUUCUCAUGGUGGUAAAACAAUUCAAUUAACCAAAGAUGUUGAACAAGAAUUAAAAGAUGGUGAUCAUAUUGGUUUAUUACCAACAAGUUUUUUCUUUCGUAUUAGCUUUUCUACCGAUACAAACAAUAAUAAAGAUGAAUUAUCUACAUCAUCUGAUCAACAGUCACAUCGUUCGAUAAAUAAUGUCGAUUCUGAUAAUCAUACCAAUGUUAAAUCAACUAAAAUAUCAUCUAAAGACACUUUAUCAAAAACAAAAAGUCCAGAUGUUGAAUCAAAGCCAUACAUUCCAGAUACUCAUAGUUCUACUACUUUUUCUAUCACAGAUCAAAAUGAGUGUGAAUCAACUAAUUCAAAUCGACAACCACGUAAACUACCAACAUGGAUGACAGUGUCAACAUCAUCUUCAGCAGUUGCAUCAACAACGGCCACAUCGAGUUCAUCCUGUUCGCAUGAUUCAUCAUCUAGCAAUCGUCCAUCUGUUAAACGGCAAUAUACAUCAGUUACAAAUCCAAGUAAAUCAUCCGUUACAAAAAGCUUUGAUAGUGAUAGUAGUGAUGGAUUUGAUUCUGUUUCUACAAAAAAAAGUAGGCAUAGAUAUUUAUUAUUGAUUAUUGUCUACAUUGGGAAUUUAGUUAAAUCAAGUGAUAAACCUCGUCCAGUUUGUCCAUAUGGUGCAUCAUGUUAUCGAAAAAAUCCAUUGCAUCGUACUGAACAAUCACAUCCAGAUGAUUCUGAUUAUGACGAUGAAAAAAAAACGAAUAAUGAUAAUAAAGAUGAUAAUGAUGUUGAUAAAGCUCAAUGCCCGUAUGGAAAAUCAUGUUAUCGACAAAAUCCUCAACAUAAACGUGACUAUAAGCAUUAA